AGCGAAGCCGAGCGGAGCCGAGCGGAGCCGAGCCCGCCGGCCGCCCCUCCCAUGCGCCUGCCGAGCAUGUCCCAGCCGUUCCUGCUGGCGCCCAUCGCCGAGUGCGCCCCGGGGCCGCCCGGCUCCCAGCUCCGCCUGGCAGUGCUGGGCGCCCGCGGCGUCGGUAAGAGCGCGAUGAUCGUGCGGUUCUUGACGAAGCGGUUCAUCGGGGACUACGAGCCCAACACAGGCAACCUCUACUCCAGGCUGGUCCGUCUGGAGGGGGACCACGUUGCCGUGCAGAUCCAGGACACCCCGGGGUGCAUCCAGGUGCAGGAAGACUGCGUGCAGGUGCUGGACUCCCUGUCCAGGUGUGUGAAGUGGGCAGAGGGCUUCCUCGUGGUCUACUCCAUCACAGACUACGGCAGCUACCAGUCAGUCCGACCUCUCUACCAGCACAUACGCAAGGUCCACCCAGAUGCCCGGACUCCCAUCAUUAUCGUGGGGAACAAAGCAGACCUCCUCCACGCCAGGCAAGUACAGGCGAAAGAGGGACUACAGCUGGCAAAUGAACUGGGCAGCCUGUUCUUGGAGAUCUCCACGAGCGACGACUCCCAGGGCGUCUGUGAUGUUUUCCAGUAUCUUUGCAAGGAGGUCAGCAAACUACAGCACGCCAGCAGCACGGACAGGAGGCGGUCGUCCAUCAUCCCUCGGCCCAAAUCUCCCAACAUGCAAGAUCUAAAGAGACGUUUCAAACAGGCUUUAUCUUCCAAAGUCAAAUAAAGCCCCUGACGAGA